AUGGCUAGCAGUUCAGAUGGUAUGCCUGGCGCAGCUUCGAGGCAACUUGCCGGGCAAGUCCAGCAAGUCUCAGGCGUAGCCAUGAAGAUUCUUCUUGCCGAGCUUCGCCAGACGGGAAUUGAUGCGGAAGGUUUCCUGAUUUGCACGGCCUUGCGCCAACGGCUGAAGCGCGUGUGGCUUCAAGGAUAUGUGCUUUGCCGUGACGGGGACGAUGUAGUUGACCUGGAUGAUGGCUCUGCCGUCAUGAGUCUGGACGUUGCUAGCGUCGUUGCAUCCAACUCAGAGGCAAGCGUUGCUUUGCAGGCCGGGAGAUAUAUCUCUUGUGUGUGCUCGAUCGAAUUCCACCAGCAGGAUGCCGCAACAGCCUCCGCUCCGCCAGUUGUCUUUCUUGCCUUCGCUCGAGGAGGGCAUUCUCGACCUGCGGGUGGAGACAGUGUGCCCCCUGGACGAUCCAGGUGA